AUGGACGUGUUUACCGCUGCAGCAGCAUAUUUUAGUGCAUCCUAUCAGUAUAUACAAAUAGUACAUAAAUACAAAGUUGUUAAGAAGCCUAGGAAGAGACGACACCGGUGGAUGUUAAAAAUGCACAAAAAUCGUACAAGGGAGACAAUGGAGCAACAACUUCAGGAAAUGUUGGUAGAACCCUCACAUGAAUUCAAUAAUUUUUGCAGAAUGUCAUAUACAGACUUUGAGUUCUUAUUACAAAAACUUGAGCCAAUCAUUGCAAAGAAAGAUACUAAAUGGAGAGAGUGUAUACCACCGAAGAUUAGACUGGCUGUAACUUUACGCUUCCUGGCUUCUGGCGAUAGCUACCGGAGUCUACAUUUGUUGUUCAAGAUGUCAACUCAAAUUAUCUCAAAAAUUGUACUAGAAGUUUGUGUUGCCAUAUACCAGGUGCUUAAGGACUGUGUUAAGAUGCCUAACACGGAAGAAGGCUGGCUUACCAUAGAACAUGGAUUCUGUAGUCGAUUUCCACAUGCUAUUGGCGCUAUAGAUGGGAAACAUGUCUCAUUGAGGGCAACUAUCAACAGAGGCUCAGAAGAUUUUAACGAUAAAAAAUUCUUUAGCAUCGUAUUAAUGGCGUUGGUAGAUAGUAACUACUGUUUCUUGUUUGCUGAUGUAGGAUGCCAGGGCCGAAUAAGCGAUGGUGGUGUUUUAAAUAAUUCCAUCUUGUUGAAUAAGAUGAUCGACAACUCGUUAGGACUACCUACACCAACUCCGCUUCCAAAUGGAAAUGUUGAUAUGCCUUAUGUAUUUUUAGGGAAUACGGCAUUUGAUUUGCAUAGAAAUUUGAUGAAACCGUACCCUGGUGAAUACGAAGAAGGUACAAAAGAAAUAUUUUUUAAUAAGAAAUUAUCAUCGGCCCGUGUUGUUGUGGAAAAUACGUUUGGCGUCAUUAGUUCUGUCUUUAGAGUACUUCGUCAGCCACUACUACUGGAACCAGAGUCAGCUAAACAUGUAGUUAUGGCCUGCAUAGUUUUACAUAAUUUCUUAAGAAAGAGCCCACAUUCAUCGGCUUCAUAUAAUCCCCCAGGCACAUUUGAUAUAUUUGAUGGGGAUGUUUUAGUAAGCAGGGGAUCAUGGAGGGAUGAUGUUCCUAUUAAUCCAGCUUUGCGUGAUAUGAGGAAUAUUCCCAGGGGGUCACCGAGGGAUGCAGAACAGAUACGCAAUGAAUUUGCUACAUACCUGCACACUAGACAAUGA